AUGGACAAGAACCUGCCAGAAGAGGUGAAAGCCUACCUUGAGGAAAUAGUCCAGCGUCUUACUGAUUACCUAAAAGAUCAGCUUGUCGGGGUGUAUCUAUUCGGUUCAGCUGGUUAUGGCGCCUACGAGUCUGGCACCAGCGACAUUGACGUGCAGGCUAUAGUGAGAGGUCCGCUUGACACCGUUGAUAAGCAGGCAGUCAUAUCACGUUUGAACCAGAAUGCCUUGCCUUGCCCGGCUACCAAACUCGAGUUUGUGGUCUAUGCUCAAAGCGCUGUGUAUCCGGCCAGCCGUCACCCUCGUUUCGAACUUAAUUUGAACACCGGAGCUCAUCAACCAGAUCAUAUCAGCUUAGAUCCAGCCAACGAAUCAAGCCACUGGUUCUUGCUCGAUAUUGCUGUAGGGCGCGAACUUGGCCGUGCCCUGUACGGCCCUGCUACGACUGACGCUUUCGGCGCUAUCCCCCGACGGUGGGUUUUGGAAGCAAUCGCGACUUCGCUCGAGUGGCACCAAGCAAAGGAACUCAGAUCGAGCAACAGCGUUCUCAACGCUUGCCGAGGUUGGCGAUACAUCGUCACAGGCGAAUUUUCUUCGAAGUUGGUCGGAGCCAAAUGGGCCAUGCAACAACAGGGCAGUCCGGACGUUGUCAGCCGUGCCAUUUCAGCGCGCAAAACAGGAGACGAACUCCCUGUUGUCCAGAUAAUGACGCUUUACCAUAUUGUUAUUAUGGCCAACCGUGCCGAACUCGCGAAAGACCUUAUAUAA